CGACCUGGUCCGACUCGAGGAGGCGACCUGCGCUUGGGAAUUGCGGCGCAGCGUUUGGCGGGCCGCGGAACAGAGCCGGCCGCCCUUGGAUCUCGUCCUCCACCACCCCCACCGCCUGUGGGCAUCGCACUGCCACAGUCUCAUGCCAUAUCAAUAGGAAAGGGCAAACCGGACGACCGAAAUUCUCAACUGCGAACGACCGCUUGACGCCCUUCACGAUAUCCUGCUAGGCUGAACCCAUUCCGACACAAUUAUGUUCAAGACAGCGGCGAAGAAGAUCGCACACAAUUCCACAUUACCUGUACUCGGAGGGAACAAGGACCUCCGUGCGUUACAGGACCUGAUCACAGCUGAGAAGGCUGUGCUCAACUCAAUGCAGAGGCUGAGCGCUGACUUUGCGAAGGCAUCGGAGGCGUUGAAGACAUGGGGGAUGGGUGAGGGGGACGACCUAGGGGACACGCUCUCCGCGUCGUGUGCGCUAUACCUGCACUUCUCCGAUGCGCUGCAAGCCUUCGCGAACCAUCAAGUCAACGUGCGUGAGCAAAUGAAGUCGGUGCGUACACGAGAGGAACGGCUGGACGCCCUCCGACGCCGGCGCAAGUCGCUCGCAGCGGACGCCGACUCUGCUGAGAAGAAGCUGAGCAAGAUGGGUCCGGACAACAAGAACUUGCAGACGCAGAUGGAUCAUCUUAACAAGCUGCGAGAAGAGAUCCGGAUCAUGGACACCGACAUCAUGGCGGAGGAGGCCAGUCUCGGCGAUUACAAGCGGUCUACAUCGAAGGCGUGGAUGGGAUACAAGUUCGGAGGUCUCGUGGAAUGCUGCGAGAAGGGUAUCAUAAUUGGCGAGCACGGCAAGUUAGUCAUCGCCGAAAUUCCGCUCGAUAGGACCGAGCCUGGUCUCCCUCGAGCAUACUACAAUGGGCACAGUAACACAGAAGACAACGUCACCGACGCACGUCGUGCGCUCUCGGCCGUUGGGCUCUUCACGGAGCCCCUCGUCGGUCCUGCGAAUCCAUACGGCAACUCCGAUCUUGCAUCUCUCCCACCCACUCAAUAUGGCUUCCAGCCUCCUGGCUCACAAAUGGGCGACGUGAGCCGCCGCACCUCUAUGGUGAUGACCAUGCCUGCGGGUGAGACCAACCUCUCGGACACGGCGUCGACCAACGGCCAGAUGCCGCGCUCGCCUCUCGCAGGCGGCUACGGCGGCAGUGGGCUCCCGCUGGCGCCGUCGAGCCCGUUCAUGGCCCCGAGCAGGCAGUCGCUCUCGUACGUCGACAACAUCAACCCGGCGGACCCUGCGGCGGAGUUCGGGAUCCUCGCGCAGGAGCCGCACUCGCCACGCGUAAGCUCGAUGCGCUCGCCCGAGGAGCGCGAUCGCCUCAUGGGCCCCCGCGGAUCGCGCUUUUCUACUCUCCCUGCGCUCGGUGGGCCCCGCGGCCCGCGCGACUCGCAGUUGUAUGCGUCGCCGUCCCAUGCGGAAGACCGUCCGCCGUCGCUCGAUGUUGGGCGGCCGCAGGACGACUUCUCGACGAGUAUUGCGCAGGCGCUCGGAGACAAGUUCAGCUUCGAGGAGGGCGCGAAUGGCGGCGCCCGUUCGAAGGCUGACGAGAAAAGGGGCAGCCAGCAGAGCAGGGACAGGUCGCGCGCGUCGCCGCCCCCGGUUUACAUGUCUGUCGAGGGGGCACAUGACGGCGAGGACGACGUGCAGUUGGCAUAUGCGGCCCCGGAGGACGAAGCGAGGGUGCCCGAGCGACUGAGCAGAGAGGAUAGGAAGGUUCAGUUUACUGGCUCGUCUGGUGGCUUCGGCGAGAAUGCCCUCAGCUCCAGCCAGGUCGCUGAGCAGACGGCGCAGAAUAACGGACGCCGGAGUUUCGAACAGUCCGAACACUCAGAUACGUACCGGUCGUCUAUCAAUGAAGUUCCCCCAGCGCCGCCCGCACAUGAACCACCUCCUCACAUCCCUUCCCCGCCGCCCGCGCCACAGUCAGAGUCGUCCGUGGACGACCGGAGCCUCGAUGCAAAAGCCGCGCGGGAAGUCUCGCGCGAGAUCGACGCGCUGAUGUCUAGUCCUGCCCUGACCAGUCCGAUUUCGGAGCCGAGCCAGCGCACACCGUCGCCGCUCGCCCCGCCCCAGGCACCUUUCGCGCGCCGUACGGUCUCCCCACGACCGCCGAUGGAUGCCUCCGUCCCCCCUCCCGGCAGCCCGUGGGUCAACACAGGUGGCGCACAAUUUAGCGGAUACAUGCGUGAGCGGGACCGCUCCCUCGCGUCGCCGACGAGUUCGUUGGCGCAAUCGUCGACGGACGAUCGGGAGCCUGCGUCACCCGUGUCGUCGCGGUCCAGGAUCAGCGGCGACGGGCCUCCUACGGCGGUACCUGCGAUCGCUCUUCAGCGUCCAUCGCCCUCGCCGUCUACAUUCCCAAGUAUCAACACGUCGUACAGGACGACGCCGCAGUCGGAGUACGCAUCGCCGCUGUCCUCACCGCUCCCCACCCCCAGUGCUCCAGGCUCAUCGUUCUACUCGCUACCCUCGGCGUCCGCGUCAGGCAAGAUCUCUGCGGCCGCAUUCAGACGACAGGCACGCAGCCCUAGUAUACCCGUCGUGCCCAGCAGUGAACCUCUGAAUGUAGACACAGGCCCGCUGAUGGUGAAGAAACGGCCGCUGCCUGCGUCGCCGUCCGGAAACAAUGUGCCCGGCGCGGUCAGGCAGUCUAUCCCGCGCAUGCCCUCGGCGCCCCUCUCUGGCCGAGGCUCGCUCGAUGCUGGUGAUGGCAGCGGACGCUACCGCUCUGCGUCGGCGGCCCAGGCGUUUGGCGAUAGGUCGUCCCGCGCAGGUCAGGAAGGUGCUGGAAGCGACGAGGAUUAUGACUACAUUUCGGCUUACACUGGACCGGAGGGACGUGAUGCUCCUGGAGGGUACGAACAUGGGAAGUUUGCGACUAAUCUCGAACAAGAGGGGGCAAUGGGUCUGCGGUAGUGUGGAAGAAUGUUAAGUAUAUCAAUGGCUUCGUCGCGGUAUUCGUCAUGGGCUUCCUCGACAAAUGUGUAGCUGGUUCCCAACCGCACUGCAGCGCGUUAGUCGUACGUUAUCUGUGGUUCUCUGUGGUUCACCUAAAGUACUGUACCUGCCUAUCUAUGUCUACAAAUCAAGUCAUUAAAUUCAGUCUGCCGGCCGCGCAUUGC